GUCCAACCCACAAUGCUACGCUGACUAACGCCGAACCUAGGGGAAUCUCAGAGAAGACAGGACAGCAGUGGAUUAGGGACAAAAUAAGACGAAACAGGUAGUUAUAAUAAUAACCGGUGACUCGUGUGAUUGAAAAGUGCCUAAUUUGCUGCCUAAUUUUAUAUAUACGCAGAUAGUGGAGGUUGGCGGUGUCUGAAGCCGACAUCACCACCGUCUGGCGACUGGAACAGCAGCAGUUAACGCGUUUGCUACAUAGCUAGGCCUAGGUAGUUCCAACUGGUAUCUGACAACAGAACAAUUAUCAGUUGGUAACCAUUGCUUACUUGAGUAGAACAGGUCUAAACAAAUGUAUGUGCUUUCGUGAACUGUUAAAAGGCCAAUUGAGGUUGUUCACCUAACAUAACAGUUAGCUUGUAUUGUCCAUAAAAGCCCCUGCCAUUGUGGCUAUUGUUACAUUGACUGCGGUGGGUCACUGAAUAAUUUACGGGGGUAAAAAUGAACACUGAAGAGCCGGCGUCUCCAAAACCUGUCACAGACGACGAUGGCAUGUCGUGGUGGUACCGAUGGCUCUGCAAAAUCGCUGGUGUCCUGGGCGGAGUAUCAUGUGCCAUCUCAGGAGUGUGGAUGUGUGUCACUGUCAGCCCCUUAAACAUCGCCGCUGGAGUGUGGAUGGUGUUGAAUGCCUUUGUGUUGUUCCUGUUUGAAGUCCCAUUCUGCUGCCAGUUCAUUGAGUUUGCCAAUGCAGUGGGAGCUAGAGCUGACAAGUUCAAACCGUGGCAGAAAGCCUUCUUCUACUGCGGGAUGGCAAUAUUUCCCAUAUUCCUGAGCUUCUCCAUCACCACAUUGUUUGGGAAUGCCAUUGCCUUUGCUACAGGAGUGCUCUACGGUCUGGCUUCCCUGGGCAAAAAGGGCGAUGCAGUGAGUUAUGCCAGGCUGAAUCACCAGAAACCAGGGGAUGAGGAGAAGCUGACCGGGACCACUGAUGGAUCAGUAUAGUGAUAUGAUCCCUCCCUCAGUCGCUCCCAAAGAUGAGGAACACAUUCCCUUUCUUCUAUCUCAUCCACCCUCCCAUCUGUUUUACCCCACCUCUCCCUCGUCCUCUCCCCCACCAUCACAUCUGUUUUACCCCACCUCUCCCUCAUCCUCUCCCCCACCAUCACAUCUGUUUUACCCCACCUCUCCCUCGUCCUCUCCCCCACCAUCACAUCGGUUUUACCCCACCUCUACCUCGUCCUCUCCCCCACCAUCACAUCUGUUUUACCCCACCUCUCCCUCAUCCUCUCCCCCACCAUCACAUCGGUUUUACCCCACCUCUCCCUCAUCCUCUCCCCCACCAUCACAUCGGUUUUACCCCACCUCUACCUCGUCCUCUCCCCCACCAUCACAUCUGUUUUACCCCACCUCUCCCUCGUCCUCUCCCCCACCAUCACAUCAAUUUUACCCCACCUCUACCUCGUCCUCUCCCCCACCAUCACAUCUGUUUUACCCCACCUCUCCCUCGUCCUCUCCCCCACCAUCACAUCAAUUUUACCCCACCUCUACCUCGUCCUCUCCCCCACCAUCACAUCUGUUUUACCCCACCUCUCCCUCGUCCUCUCCCCCACCAUCACAUCAGUUUUACCCCACCUCUACCUCGCCCUCUCCCCCACCAUCACAUCUGUUUUACCCCACCUCUCCCUCGUCCUCUCCCCCACCAUCACAUCUGUUUUACCCCACCUCUCCCUCGUCCUCUCCCCCACCAUCACAUCUGUUUUACCCCACCUCUCCCUCGUCCUCUCCCCCACCAUCACAUCUGUUUUACCCCACCUCUCCCUCGUCCUCUCCCCCACCUUCAUACUCUGUCAGUGGGUUAUUUCUUUACCUAAACUGCUGCAUCUUUUUAUGUCUUAUUUGAUCAAAUGUCUGUCUAGAUAACAAUAUAUUUAUUAUCUUAUUGAGUCCUUAUAGUGUGAAUUUAGUUGUCCGUGGCAUUGGAGUUAAGCUGCUGUGUUUUCUUUUUAUUCUAGUAUAUUUUUUCUGGAUUAUUUUAUCCCUUUUUUGUGUGCGGUUUUUGUUGCCCUGGUUACUGACCUUUUUGGCAAGUAGGAAAAGUAAUGUACCAUCUUAGCCGAUCAGCCUUUCAGGAAACCUGGCCGAUUGUAAAUGUGAAAUCGUAGUUUGUUUUCCCAAGUCAACAAUGAUAUGAUUUCAAGUGCAUCUACUGCAGCUCGAUUUACUUGUGCUGCGGGAAUUGGAAGUUUGGCCAUUGGGAGAGUUAUCCCAAACAUAAUGUAUAUCCAUCCAGUGAAGCCAAAGAUGGAGUCCUCAUUUUUUAUCUGUUACUUGUGAUAUUUACAGCUUCCAAUUGAAUGGUUUAAACAAAUUAUAACAUUGAUAAAACAAUGCAUGUUCAUAUUUGGUUGGAUGAACCGUGAUAUAACGGUGAAUUCUGUGUGUGAACAUCUUUUAGUGCACAUAAAACAUAUAAACAAUUUCUCAGCUUAUGGGACGUUCAACAAAUUUGCUUGUAAUCAAGCAACUGCUGGUUGUAUUUGCUAGAAGUUAUUUAUAUACUUAAAGUAAAAAAACAUAAAGAAUGAGAGCUGAAUGGCUAUGCUCAGUCAUACACAUCGUAGUAGAUCGCUCUGGCUAUGCUGCAGUAAAACAAACCAUUUCCAUUGUAUUGGUUUUCUCUUGUGGAGCCGGAAUCGAUGAACCUGUUUUCAUUGGGAUCUCCGUUAGCCUCUUCCUGUGGUCCACUGGGGUGAUGCCGGCUUACAGUGUUCCUUUUUGAUCCUACACACAGUAGUGAUCUGCUCUUCUGUCCCAGGGAAGCAGUGAGUUUUAAAGGCUUUAGGGACUUGGAUGAGGGAAUAUGUCUUGAUUCAGGGACUAUUUAGAGUGCAACACAGUGAAGCACGCACAGAGCCAUGAUUUGCCUUUGUCCUUAACUCAGACAAAAGAUACAUCAUCAUCAUCUGUCCGAUCUCUGAUUACAAGUACAAAUACAUUGUUCAGCAUGAACCUACUGUUCGGUUUAUUAGUUUGUGUGACUGUUGGUGAACAGGAAUGCUUUGAGGUAGCUUGUUUGUACACACCUCUUACAGCCUUGUAUCUCUCACUCUAUGGAUUGGAAAAUGACUCAAUUCAGUUACUCAGUAAAAUGGUCAUCUAUGACCAGAUCUCAGGCAGGCUUAUUUUUAUGUCCGUAAACAGCAUUCAGGGUUACUAGCAUAAACACUAUUACAAGUCACUUGAACCAAUGCAACGGUACUACCCAGUUACACAUGAACCAGCUAGAACAGGAACACCAGCAAUCACAGGAAUGUGCUAUAAAAUAUACAUUCAGUUUUGGCCAAAAGUAUUGGCACCUUUGCACUUUAUUCAAAUAAUUAGCAAUUUCUAAUAGUAUACUGUUAAAAUCUUUCAAUUAUUUACUGAGUCUUAGCUUAUUCCUCCCCCAAAAUACUACAAUAGUAUUGGCACUUUCUAGAAGUAUUUAAAAAUGUUUACAUUUCAAGCAGGUGAUUCUCGUUUACUUUGGAACUUAACGCAUAUUGAUUUCCAGUAGGCUACAAUAUGAAAAUAAUUUUUUCUCCUGUUUUGUGUCACAGUGUGUAGUGCACUGAGCAUGGAGAAAAGAAUGAACCAGAGAAUUGUCCGAGGAGAUCAAACAGUAUUUUAACAAAGCAUGGACAAGAGUGACUUGAACAUGUCCAUUUUAAUGUUUCAAAUUUAAAAGGAUACAUUCAGUUCUGAAUAAAAAAAAAACAUAGAUUUUACUGUUAAUAUUACAGAGCCAAAGAGUUCAAAUCAAAGAGAACUUAGGCCAGUUUCAUGUUUUAGAGGCAGUUUGAGUUAUUUGAAGUGCAAGGCUGCCAAUACUUCUGGCCACAACUGUUCGUUAUAUGAAAUGGGCUUUGUAGCAUCAGAUGUAGCUUCAUGGUUACAUCACAUCUACCUGUCAUGAAGCCACUGGUGAAAGGCUGGAAAUCGUGUUUUCUGCAGAGGUCCCAGCCCUGCAGUAUUGAUACACAUCUGCUGCCCUGACCAUAUUUGCUGUAAGGGGUGUGUGCUUUUUGUGUUGAAAUAAUGACUCUAAGGCAAUCUUGCCUUUAUUGCUUUUGAUGUCAUCAUGUACUGGAAUGUCAAUAGAAGCCUACUAAUCUUGUUGCUUGGUAUUUUUCCUCCCCUUGUCUGUCAAUAAAAUAUUCAUAUUUUUUUU